AUGAUUGAGUUGAGACGCUCGGUUACAUAUCUAUCCACUCCGUUUCAAACCCUAUACAUCUCAUCUUCCACCAAGCUCAAAGUAUUUGAACUUCAAAUUUCCUCUACCUCUUUCAAUACCGGUACACUUCCUUCCAGCGAAUCCGCUAUUGCUCUAAUAGUAGACUUCACCCUCUCCAUUCAUGAAACUCAAUCAACUUCAACUUCUCCACCGUCAGAACUGAAGCUGUUAAAAAUUCAUAGAUUGUUACCGGGGUUUCAAAUUGCCAGAAAUGAAAAAAGGAGUGCCAGAAUUAAACAAGCAUGUCUCAACGAAUCUGAAGAAAAGCUAUUUGACUAUCACUUUAACAUCACCUAUAUAAAGAGUAAUGUAAGGCAAGCAAAUGUAGUUGAUGCAUAUACUGCUUUGUCACGAACUGUUUGCAUUGCGACUAGAUAUAAUGAUGUUCGAAGACGGUUUGAAUCUCAAAAUUGUGGUCUUGAAACACAGACACUGACGAAGCUGCGGGUUUCACAAGAUUCUUUCACUGAUGAUGAGAAGAAGAAUUUUAAAGAGCUGUUGAAAAGAGAUGUUUUCACUCCUCCACGAAAAACUGCUAGAUGA